AUGACCUGGGUUGUAAUUUUUUGGCUACUAUUAUCGAUAAUUCCAGGUGUUUUUGCAGUGUUUGCUUCACACAAGGUUCUUGGUUUGGUGACUAUUUUACAUAUCAUCGUGCUCAACCUUCCUUCAGUGGUCCUUUACAAGUGCAAGCUAAUGAUCCAGAUUGCAAUGAUCCCUGCCACAACUGUACCUGCCGACUUCUGGUCAUUUCUUGAGCCAAUCAUCAAAUCACUUGAGAUACUGCAAGCAGACAAAAUGGUGAUAAAAACACCAACAAAGACAAUGAGAGCAAAAGUCCAUGUUCUCAUGGCAACUGAUAACAUUUUAGCAUUGACAAAGCUGGCAUGUCAUGCUGGCCAUACAAGCAAAAAUGGCUGUUGUAUCUGCAAUGUUGUUAGACAAACUUCAGGUCAUGGCCAAUAUUUCAGAACCUUGCCAAGCAACAUCAUUCGCAUCUUAGGGAGCUUCAGAAGUUUCAACCCUGAUAUUGUGUUGUGUAAGGGCCUCAAAGAACAAUCUCUAUUUGCUUCAUUGACAUCAUUCACAGACCCAUUUUUCUUUGCCCUUGAUGAGAUGCAUGGUCUUUGUCACAGAAUCAGCAAGCAGAUCUGA